AUGAGACACAUAUUCUUCACGACGAUCCUGUCGCUGCUGUGCAUCAGGACGAGGGCGGGAACGUUGGAGACCGUGGCGCAAUGGUCUCUGCUGGAAUUCGCGCUGCCGAACGAGCGCGGCUUUCAAUACCAACCGGAGAAUAUAGUGAUGACCGGUAUCGAAGUAGCCUGGGACAGAAUCUUUGUCAGCACGCCCAGAUUACGCGCAGGUGUGCCGGCCACCCUGAGCUUCUUCCCCAGGAAGGUGCCGCUGGGAAGCAGUCCGCAGCUUCAGGCGUAUCCCUCUUGGGACUGGCAUGGUGCCGGGAAAGGAGAGAUCAACUGCAGCAGGUUGAUCUCUGUGUAUCGCACCAGAAUGGACAGGUGCGACCGGCUAUGGGUCGUCGACGCCGGUGUUGUGACAUCGGUUGACGAUUUCAUGCCCGUUUGCCCGCCGAAAGUUGUGGUGUUCGACCUAAAAACCGAUCAGGUGGUUCGUCACGUCACUUUUCCGCGUGAGGUGCUGAGACCGGAUUCUUUACUAACUAACGUUGUUAUCGACCAAGUAUCGGCGAAAACCUGCGAUGACGUGUUUCUCUACAUGACUGACACUCUCGGUCCAGGAAUUCUUAUCUUCGACGGCGCUACAGAUAGAAGUUGGCGGGUCGUUCAUGCGUCCAUGUUUCCUAACCCAGACCACGCAUUGUACAAAAUCGGAAGCGACACUUUCGAGUUCUUAGACGGCGUAGUGGGAAUAACAUUUUCACCAAGAUCCGGGACCGUCUACUAUCAACCUCUAGCAACCGAUCGUAUCUUUAGCGUGCCCACUUCGGCUCUGCAAGCAGGGCCUCUACCUUUCGGUCAACAGUUACCUGUAACCUUGGUCGGCAGAAAGUCGAGUCAAGGUCUGGCACUGGCCGUCGAUCCUCGGGAUGACACGAUUUUGUUCGCCCCCUUUACCGAGACCGCGGUCGCGUCGUGGCAACCGCAAACGAAUCAGCAGAGGAUACUUGCCUACAGUCCAGAAAAAUUGCAGUUUACUGCCGAGAUUUUAUGGGCAAGAUAUGACAACGGUAAUUUUUGGGUAAUGUCAUCAAGAUUCCACAAGUUCUUUUUGAGACAGGUUGAUACUCGUCAGAUGAACAUCCGUAUUAUGAGAAUCAAGGAAGAUAAUCAAGAAUUAAGUUCGGCUCCUUUCAAUUUUAAUCAGCAGAUUGACUCAUAUUAUUCGUUAAAUUCCUACAAUAAUACUUUAGGAUUCUAACAAAAAAUAUCACCAAACUGUACUAUUAAAAGAUUGUAGAGAUUGCAAGAAUCGUAGAAAAUUGCAAUAGUAUGCAAUGUAGAAAAUUAAUGACAUUUCAUUCUGGAAGCAAAUUUUAUGAUAAAAAUGCAAUUCAAAAAAUCUACCAAAAGAGA